AUGGCGGACCCAGAGUCAGGUCGGGAAGGAUGCCGAGAGUGUUGUUCACAAGAAUUUAAGGUGUCUAAUUUCCUUUCGGGAUAUGACCGACCGCAUCACUUUGUCCAGUUUCAGUGUGGAAAACAAAUUCCAUAUUUGGUGUGGAGGGUAAUUUGGGCCCUAUACCACGUGGUCUGGAUUAUCCUGACGGGAGUGUUUAGCUGGCAAUGGGCGGGGCCUGAUCACAAUCAACAAAUCAAAUGGUUUAUAUACCUCACUGACUGGUGCUACUUCAUGCUGACCCUGUCCACGCUGAUAGACUUAACUUGUGUCAUUUAUACUCGUGUUAAUCGGAAAGAUAUAUGUGAAGCGUUGGCGUUUGCGAAUCCAUGGUACUUCAAGUUCAACUGGGUAGUCUUUAACGUAGCCAACACAUGCAGUAUCACCGUAUCCAUGCUAUACUGGGGCCUCCUCUACAGCAGUUCUGAAGAAAUGACUGCUGUGAAUAUUGAGACACAUGCCUUGAAUGCUGUCUACGUCAUCCUGAAUCUGUUCGUCACUGGAAUACCUGUCCGAGUCCUCCACUUCUGGCACACGAUGGUGUACGCUUUAGUGUACGUGCUGUUCUCUCUGUUCUACACGCUAGGGGGCGGCACCAACCACGUAGACAAAAACUACGUCUAUUCUGUUCUUGACUGGAAGGGUAGCACAGGGUAUACCGUAGGGAUCUCUAUAGCUGUCACCUUCGUGGCUAUGCCGUUGGUCCAUUGUGUAUGUUACGGCAUUUACAGACUCCGUCUAGUACUCUGCUGUUGUGACGAUGGUCGCGUGAUUGACAGUAAGGAAGUAGAGUUAACCUACCAAGACAAUCCAUCAUAUACUGCAGAUAAAGACACAAACUGA